UAAUAAUACAAGUACUAGUAAUCAUAUGAUGCAAUAAUAGAAAACAUUCAUAGCUAGGUUGUGCUGGAAGAUUUCUCAUGGUGCUCCCUCCCCCGCUUGCUUCACAAGCCAAUUAUUAUGAAAAUGGGGUCACGGGACAGCUAGCUCUGCCUGGAUAUAUAUAUAUAUAUAUAUAUGCCCACUCCUCUCUUAAAGCACAAGCGCAAGCAAUUAAGUUUCAAAUUAACAGCAGCAGAUCGAUCUGUGCGUCUCUCUAGCUUGUCAUCUCAUCGUCGCUGCAACAACAAUACCAUGAAGCUCUUCUUGUUGCUUCUUAUCACCAUCCUCAUCUUCCAGGUGUUUGCAGAAACUUUGUCGGCAGGCAAUGCGGAGGAUUCUUUUGCUACUGCGGAUGCAGGCAAGGAAUUAGUAGCUCUUCACAAAAAAUACCCUACUCGGAAAAUCAAUUGCAAUUACGCAUGUGGGAGGAGGUGCAGGGAGGCGUCCAGGAAGAAUGUGUGCAGCCGGGCGUGCAAGGCCUGCUGCGCAAGGUGCCACUGCGUCCCGCCCGGCACCUACGGCAACAAGGCCGCCUGCCCUUGCUAUGCUAGCCUCAGGACCCAUGGCCACAAGCCCAAAUGCCCUUGAUUUUUUACUUGGCCACUGCAUUGGUUAUUAAAUAAUGAUAAGCGGCUGCGUAUGUGUGCGUACAGCCUGCAGCGAUGUCGCAAAAGGUUUCCUGGCCAUUAUAAUUAUAAAUAGGAGAGAGAGAGAAUUGUGAGCGCCCAAUCAAUUAGACACAAAGAGUUGAAUGUUGUGGCAUAUUUGAUCUAUUAUUUACUAUGUGAAAAUGGAAUAAAAUUUGAAAAUACUUUGUA